AUGGAUAAAAAAACUCUUCCACAUCAUAAAUACAGUUAUAUCCCAAAACAAAACAGAAAACUCAUUUAUGAGUAUUUGUUUAAAGAGGGUGUUAUUGUCGUUGAGAAGGAUGCUAAAGUACCAAGACAUCCACACUUGAAUAUUCCCAAUUUACAUAUAAUGAUGACUUUGAAAUCAUUAAAAAGCAGGAAAUAUGUUGAGGAAAAAUAUAAUUGGAAACACCAAUAUUUUAUAUUAAACAAUGAAGGUAUUGAAUUUUUGAGAGAAUUUUUACAUUUGCCACCUUCGAUUUUCCCAGCUACUUUAUCCAAAAAAACUAUUAAUAGAGCCCCAAAAAUUGAUGAUGAAUUUUCAAGGGAAUUAAGACAACCAAUGGGACGAGGAAGAAUGUAUGACAAGAGAAAUUUCGAUUAA